AUGUCGAUGCAGCUCUUCAGCUUCGGGCACCCGUGUGAGCACCAGCUGCACAGGGCGUGCAUUGGCGGAUUGAACUGCCCACUGAACGGCUAUCCAGACACGUGGUGCUGCAGUUUUAUCAAGGGCAAGAUCAACUUCAAGCGCGACCGCCCAUGCGAGGGGCCGAGGUGCCACUGGGACUACGUGCACCCCUCACAGAGCCAGUUCGAUGAGGUGACACAAGUGCUCGAGCAGAGCCGUCCCAUCGCCGCCAAGCUGGACGAGGCGAGCGACACCGACCUACUUUCCUUCAACAUCAGCAACCCGCAUAUUAUCGACACCGUGCAGUGCGCACUACACAUGAUGCGGCAUCCGCCGAGCGUGUGCGCUCGCCGAGUCGGUCAGCUGCUCGCCUACGCCGCCCUCUUGGCCGGUGAUCAGGACGUCUUUGUGCAGUUGCUGAAGACGAUGAAGAAACCUGUCGAUGGCUACAUCCUCGGUGCGUAUGCGUUCCUGAGACAGGGCAAGGCUGGCCAUGUCGGCAGUGCGGGCAAGGGCGGAAGUGGCAACGGCAGCGGUGUAAAGAAGCAGAACAAGAAGAAGGACGGCAAGGAGGACAUCACGGCAACGCUCGCGAACAUUAUGGUCGAACUCAUGAACGCAGCGCUCAGCCUCGGCGGCCAGCUCGUCGAUCGCGAGGAUCAACACGUGCUGCAGGCAAUGCUCAUCCAGGCACUCUCCACUUACCCGAAGAGCGACAAGCGGCACCAAGAAAUGUUAGAAAAAGCUGUUGCAAAGUUCGGCCACCGUAGGCUCGAGGACGAGGAAGAGGCGGCGGCUGUCAAGCGCGAGGCGGCGAAGAAGGAGACAGCGACGACGGCGAGCAUGGCAACGAGUGUCGCUGCCCCCACAGCCGCCGCAACGGCACUGAAAAUCAGGCAGGAGCCAACGGAGGCCCCCACCCCAAAUGCCGUCACCGCCACUGCUAGCGCUGGCAGCGCUGUCUCUGCCGUCGCCGCUAUCAACGAGAGCGUAGAUCCUGCCACUGGUGAGGAGCCGACCACUGUGACGGCAUCACAUGUCCCCGCAGCAGCAACAGCGACGGCCGAAACCGCAGCGGCGCCGGCAGCCCAAGCCGCCGCCGGUGUUGCUCGCAUUGCCUCACGGAGCAGUUUCGCCGCCGCCGCACCAGGAGCUGCGGCAGCGGAUGGCUCAAUGAGGGCUGCCGUCCCCACAGUGCUGCCCGCAUUAGUGGGAGAUGCCGUGGCGAUAGCGACCGGCACCGGCUCCGCUGCCGCCGUCCAACUCCUUGGCAUUGCGACAUCAAAGGCGACUGUCUCUUCCAUCCCCAGCACACCCAGCCGAGUAGCCCCUUCGACACCUGGUGCUACUCCAGGGCCGAUCACGUUCAGCACGGCCAUUCAAGUCCAACAACAUAAUGUGAUGCCGGUGCCGAUCAAUGCACUAGCGGGACAAGGUUCCGCGAUGGGUGCUCUGGGCCUGCAGGCUACGACAGCUGCUGCGACUCCAGCAGCCUCUACACCCGCGCCGGCACGCACGGCGAUAGUCGGCAUCAGCAAGCUUCACCCGUACUUGGCCGGGCGUGCCGCGAAUAUGAGAGACGAGGUGCCCGGGCUGUCCCCGAUUUACGACCCCAAGAGCCACUCCUCGGGACUGUUCAUCUGCGGCGGGCAGUUCACCGUGGAGCCGCUUGUGUGGAACUACGCUCCGCUGGGCGAUGCCGCUGCGAACCGACGCUUGGACAGUCCCACGCGUGAGUACAUGAGGAUCAAGGAGGAGAACCGCCAGCAGCGCAGAGAAGCGAGGGAGGCGCAGGCAGCGCGCCUUGCUUCGAUCGCAGCCGGCAACCUCGCGUCUACCUCGGAGCGCUUCCCAAACACCUUCUCAAUCAACUUGGCUGAUAGCGAGGACUCCUGUGCAUGGAACGACCCAGACUGGCAAGGCUCUUCCUCCGACUUUUCUUUUGACUAG